AAAAAAUCUGUGGUGACGGAGAUGAACGUGUUGAUUUCUGCGGUAGUAUGGGUAUACACUCACUUGAGGUUAUCGGACGUGGCUUUAGCUCUGGUAGGGCUUUUUCUUCUUAGUUACUUGCGUGAAAAGUUAGUGAGUAAAGGCGGGCCAGUGAUGUGGCCAGUGUUGGGAAUCAUACCGAUGUUAGCCCUAAACAAACACGAUCUAUUUAGUUGGUGCACCAGAGGCGUGGUCAGAGCUGGUGGGACGUUUCAUUACAGAGGAAUUUGGUUCGGUGGGGCUUACGGAAUCAUGACCGCAGAUCCUUCAAACGUCGAGCACAUUCUCAAAACCAAUUUCAAGAACUAUCCAAAGGGUGCGUUUUAUAGAGAGAGGUUUCGUGAUCUUCUUGAAGAUGGGAUUUUUAACGCUGAUGAUGAGCUUUGGAAGGAAGAGAGACGUGUGGCUAAAACCGAGAUGCAUUCUUCUCGUUUCUUGGAGCACACGUUUACUACGAUGAGAGAUCUGGUGGACCAGAAGCUGGUGCCGCUGAUGGAGAACUUGUCUACUUCUAAGAGAGUCUUUGAUCUACAAGAUUUGCUCCUGCGUUUUACCUUUGAUAACAUAUGUAUCUCGGCCUUUGGUGUUUAUCCAGGAUCGUUAGAGACCGAUUUACCGGAGAUUCCUUUCGCUAAGGCUUUUGAGGAAGCCACGGAGUAUACACUUGCAAGGUUUCUGAUACCUCCUUUUGUGUGGAAGCCAAUGAGGUUUCUAGGGAUUGGGUAUGAAAGAAAGCUGAAGAAAGCGGUUAGAAUCGUUCACGCGUUUGCGAAUAAGACAGUGAGAGAGAGGAGGAACAAGAUGAGGAAACUCGGGAACUUGAACGAUUACGCUGAUCUCUUGUCACGCCUUAUGCAGAGAGAGUACGAGAAAGAAGAAGGUACCACUAGAGGAAACUACUUUUCAGACAAGUACUUCAGAGAGUUCUGCACAAGUUUCAUAAUCGCAGGUCGAGACACUACAUCAGUGGCCCUCUCGUGGUUCUUCUGGCUAGUUCAGAAUCAUCCUGAAGUCGAGAAGAGAAUCCUAAGCGAAAUCAGAGAGAUUAAAGGGAAACUUACAACACAAGAAACCGAGGAUCAGUUUGAGGCUGAAGAGCUCAGGGAAAUGGUGUAUCUGCAAGCUGCUUUAACAGAGUCACUGAGGCUUUACCCUUCGGUGCCAAUGGAGAUGAAACAAGCUUUAGAAGAUGAUGUGUUGCCCGAUGGGACAAGGGUGAAGAAAGGCGCUAGGAUUCACUACUCGGUCUACUCGAUGGGGAGAAUAGAAUCAAUUUGGGGAAAUGACUGGGAAGACUUCAAACCAGAGAGAUGGAUCAAAGAAGGAAGAAUUGUGAGCGGAGAUCAGUUCAAGUAUGUUGUGUUCAACGGAGGUCCAAGGCUGUGUGUUGGGAAGAAUUUUGCGUAUACACAGAUGAAAAUGGUGGCUGCAGCAAUCUUGAUGAGGUAUUCGGUUAGAGUUGUCCACGGACAAGAGAUUGUUCCAAAGCUCACCACCACAUUGUACAUGAAGAACGGUAUGCGUGUUAUGCUCCAGCCCCGCGACUGGUAAGGUAGUUCGGUUUGAAAAAUAUCGAUUCGGUUUCGCGAUAACAAAAUAGUACUAGUAAAUAAUUGAUGUUAAG